CACUCCAGUCCCUCACUAUCUUUGAUUUAACGAGACACUGAGCGUUUAUUCCACUAUUUUCUACAUAUUGACCUUUAAAAGAAAUAUUCUUUUUGGAUAUAAAAGCAAUCACAUUUUCUUUGAACACACGCACAUCCAUUGCAACCAUUGCCCAUCAUGGUCAGACAGACAAUGUCGGAAACAAAACUUCGCAAGAUGACUGAGACCAACGAUAAGUUGAAGGAACAACUUGAAGUUCAGCGCAUACCAGUCUCAGAUGCUAGUAAAUCUUUGAUAGAGUAUUGCAAAACGAACCACGACACAUUAGUGCCUUCAGUCUGGGGCAACAACAAGAACCAAGACCCGUUUGCUGAGCAAAGCGGAUGCACAUGUUGCGUGUAGUAAUUGUACUGUAAAUUUUCAAAUAAAAAAAGAUCAUCUCCGCAUCUCAUCUGUGACAGGCAUUAAGACAA